AUAUCACACGCAUCUCUUAGCGGUAAAAUACGAAGCUAGAGAUAUUAAUCAUACGAUCUUCGGGGAAAUUGUAAAGUAAUUGUAAAGACAUUUGGCUCCCACAUAAACCGGAAGUGACAUAUUGUACUUAUCAUCCAAGAGCCCCGAAGCACUAGCGAAGUGCGAUCGAUCGGCCUUCGACCCCUUCGUGUUUACACACAAGAGAAGCAAUUGGCGUUCAAAUGAGCAUCAAAAUUUGUUGAUUUGUCGGAAAUUACCUUUAUAACAAGCCUUGUUAGCCUUUAAGACAUCAACAGACCAGUAUGGAGCCCUAUUUGUCCAAAGGAAUGUACGUGAGGGAGAGAAAUCCAAUGAAUAAUUCAGAUUGAUCGCACAUUUGAUGUGUCUAGGUGUCUACACAUCUGCACCGCAAAACCGCGAUCCAAUGUCCUGGGCUUCGGCCUGAAGCCUAGAUAACUGUGGAUCUACCAUGGCGAAAGAUCAAGAGCUCCUACAAGCUGUAAAAGUAAAUGAUACUGCCACGGUUCGUAAAAUCCUGGCGAAAAUCUACUCAGCGAAGUCAAAAAAAGGGUCAAAAUCCAAAUAUAACUUAAAUUUUCAAGAUGAAGAUGGAUUCACAGCACUACACCAUGCCUCCCUCACAGGAAACACAGAGAUUGUCAUGGCCUUACUGGACAUGCAAUGUAAUGUCAAUGCAAGGGAUAAAAAAGGAAUGUCUCCACUUCACCUGUCUGCCUGGGCAGGAAAGGCUCAGAUUGCUAAGCUCCUGAUACAAGCGCGGUCAUGUGUCAACCUUUGCUCUGACAGUGGUGAAACCCCUCUUCAUCUCGCAUGCCAGCACUGCAAUGUGGGUGUGGUGGAGGUUCUUCUGGAGGCAAAUGUAGACGCAACUGUAAUCAACAAGAAUGGGGAGUCAGCCUUAGACCUUGCCUGCAGAUUUGGUCACAUCCAUGUUGUUGAUCUAUUACUGAGGUGUAAAGACAGUGAGAAGCUGUUAGCCCUGUAUGAUGAAAACCCACGCAGCGCUGACCCCCCUUUACACAUCUCCUGCAAGACAGGCCGAGAGGAAAUAGUUAUAAUGCUCCUUGAGGCUGGUGCUGACAUCAAUCAGAGUGGAGCCAAUGGAACAGCGCUUCACGAAGCUGCCCUCUACGGCAAGACAGACGUGGUGAAGAUACUGCUUGAUCAUGGUGCUGAUGUGAGUAUUACUAACGAGGAGGGUUACACCCCUUUGGACUUGGUGGAACAGUUCACAUCUUCACGAGCAUCGGCAGACAUCAAGAACCUCUUGCGAGAUGCAAGCAAAAACCGCAAAGUGACGGCAAAAGCGCUGCGUGACUACUGCAACGUAUACGACCCAACCUGCUUAUCAUUUAAAACUGGUGACGUCAUUGAGAUAAUAGAGCAGAAUGAAUCUGGUAGAUGGAAAGGAAAGAUUUUUGUUGGAAAGAAAGAAACCAUAGGGUAUUUCCCGGCCUCGAUGGUUAAGCUGGCAAAUCCACGACGGCAAUCGAUGCGAUCUUCGUCGAUAAUGAGGGACUCUGCAGUGCCCCCCAUCGGCAAGUACGAAAUGGUGGCCCUGGCCAGCGCUUCCCAUCCGCUCGGUCCCAGGCCCCGAAUGAGCAGCUUCGGUAAAUCCAACAAAAAGGCUCGUGUUAGGUCUCCACGCGAAGAGACUGGGGAAGAGUGCUUGUCGCCCCAGUCUCCUUCCAAACAUCCUGAGCCGGCGCCGAUAGCUAACGGCCUCCAAGACAGUGAGCUCUUUCGGAACCAGCAGUCACUGCAAUACGUGGAGGUGUCGGUUGAUAGGUCUCACCCCUCCCCUGCAAGUCCAUCUCACGGACCCAUGUCCCCCCGGACCCAGUAUGCCGAGGUGGUGCUGGCGCCAUCUGAGAAUGGAGUGAGUGAGUUAGAGGAGGGAAUUGACGCGCCAAGGCUACCCAUGAAGCUUAAAGGACACGAUAGUAAUGACGGGGAGUCAAGCGGAAUGGGUGGAGAACCCGGCAAUGACAUAUGGGUCCAGAGGGGGGAGCCAGAGGGGAGCAGGCUUCACCCCAUGACGGAGGGAGAGAAAGGCGAAGCUGUAGUAAGGCCGCGCCUACCAACACCUAUUCACGCCCAGAAUCAGAACGAUGUCAGGGAUCCCACGCGGCGAGACUCCAAGAGUUCACGGACAUCACAGCAAUCAUUGGGAGAGGCUUCAAAGCAUUUUGAAGAGAAUGAUGAAGUUGUUGUCGAGCCCUUUGAGGUGUCGCUGAAGCCAGCUAGCGCGACAUCAUCGUCAAGAAGCCCCCCAGAGCCCUUUGAGCUGAGGAAGGCCCUUCCUAAGCACGAGUCUCCUUCCCCACCUUCUCGAGUACCACCGCAACCUGAAACCGCACCAAAACCUUUUUCCAACAUAACACCCCCAGAGGUUAGGCCUUCCCUACCCGGAACACCCCCUGAGACUAAUACCAAACCCCCUCUCGCUCCUUACCCUCCCAAGACAUCACCCAAGACCACACCCAAGCCCCACAUCCCGCCAGCACCCUCCAGGCCACCUCCACAGCUCCCCCCUGAAGCCUCCAAGGCGGUCCCUACCCGCUUAGCCGCGGGAUCGGGUUCUCCUGCUCGGAUACACAGCCCUGAGCUGUCGCGCAAGGGGUACGAGGAUAUGAACUUGUCUCCGACUAAAGAGGAGCCGGACCACUCCCUCCCUCAAAGGGGAAUGCCUCCGCGAAUGUUGGACUUUAGAGAACACUUGAACACAGGCCUAGGUUACUAGCCCAAAAAAGAGAAAG